AUGAUUAUCGGCAUUCGCGUCGAUAGUCAGAAUAUCAUUUAUGUUUCGGAAUAUCUCAAAGCUCACAUUGUUCAAUGGCCAUCAAAUGAAACCAAUCUGACAGCCAUUGCUGGUAACGGUACAUCAGGUUCAAGUGCUGAAUUGUUAAAUGUAUCGCGCCAUAUUAAUUUCGAUACUAAUGGCGAAUAUCUAUAUAUAGCCGACUCUGGGAAUAAUCGAAUACAAAUGUGGCAUGUGUUGAGCAAUGGAAGUGUACCGGCAGCAGCAGAUGUCACAGUUGCCGGCGGUAAUGGAGCUGAUGUUAGGUCGAAUCAAUUGAACGGAUCUCGAGCAGUAGCUGUAUCGUAUAAGAAUGGUGCAAUCUACGCUAGCGAUUCACUCAAUCACCGAGUUCAACGUUGUGCAAUGAACGCCAAUUACGGCGUCACCAUUGCCGGCAGUCCGAGCGGAUUAUCGAGUACCAGUGCAUCUCUGUUGUCGAAUUCGACAGGUCUUGUACUUGAUGCUAAUGAAACUCAUCUCUUUGUUUGUAAUACAGGAAAUCAUUACGUUCAACGUUUUCGUUUCAUUUAA